AUAAUGGCAUUCCUCUGUCCCGUACGCAUACGUCGUGGGAAAAAGAAGAAACCGAUCGGAAGCGAUAUCGAUAAGGAUCUAUCGAGCAGCUUAGGGUUGAACCAUGGUAUGGGCCGUAUUACCGGAUCGGCCAGCAUCGAAACACUCGUGCGGGUCGGAAUCGAGAAGGAGCAUGGACUCAGCCCGGACAGCAAGAUGGUUGUGCUGCACGAUUUUACACCCUGCGUGGACGACGAGCUUGAAGUGAAACGGGGCCAAAUAGUGAACAUACUUUAUCGUGAAAAUGAUUGGGUGUACGUGAUCGGGCAGGACACACGGCAGGAGGGUUUCAUACCGCACUCGUACUGUGCCCCGUUCAACACGCAGCUGGCCGAUCUUGCCAUCAAGAAGAAGCUACCACGCGAUAUUGCCACCAUGGGUGCACCGGGCAGCGGUGGAGGUGGUGGUGGGGGAGGUGGAGGAGGACCAGGUGGUGCGACAGGUGUUGGCCUAGUGGUGGGUGGUGGGCUAGGGAAUGGUGUUGGACUAACGGCGGCCGAUUUAACCGAUGGAAUGCCGGAUAUAAGUAUGGACGUGCUGGACGACAGUACAGGACCGGGAUUGCUAACGAACGCGCUGAAACACUCGCAGGCGAGUCUCAGCUCGGAGCCCGAUUUCUUGCCCUUUGCCAAGGACCCGAGCGGUCGGUACAUUGUGCUGUACACGUUUAUUGCCCGCGACGAGAACGAUGUGUCGGUUGAGCGGGGCGAAUUUGUGACCGUGCUGAACCGGGAGGAUCCGGAAUGGUUUUGGAUUGUGCGGAGCGACGGGCAGGAGGGUUUCAUACCGUCCGGGUUCGUUUAUCCGGCUGAAAACAUAUUACAGGGCCAUGCAGGGAAACAGCAGCAGCAGCAACAGCAGCAGGGCGGUGUAAAUAGUAUGGGAUCGAUCGGUAACGACAUGAACAGUCUGCAGGCGAUGAAUGGUGGAGGAAUGUCCGUUGGUGGACAACAUCAGCAGCAGCAACAGCAACAGGCACAACAUCAGCAGCAGUCGCAGCACCAGCAACAACCCGGUAUCGGAUCAGAUGAUCUACGGUACCACGGCACGGAGUUGGUCAUGCUGUACGAUUAUAAGGCACAAGCACCGGAUGAUUUAAGCGUGCGGAGAGGCGACUGGAUUUAUGCGGACCUCAACAACCAAACCGUCGACGGAUGGCUUUGGGCUUACGCACCGAAAACCCGCAAAUAUGGUUUCAUUCCCAAAGCAUACGCCCGUCCGCCUGCCAUGACGAGUCUGUAG